AUGCAGCAAUCAAAAGCACGAUCAUCACAAAAAGAUAUCAAUGGAACUGUUCCGCCACGUAGAUUGAAAUUUUCUACUCGCCGACGAUAUCCUGACGUCGAGAAACGAAUAGCGCGUGUUACUGACAGUAAGCGCAGGACUGAUGACAUAUUGGCUGCAAUAAAUGGCCCACGAGCAACACGUGAAACACGGAUGGAAGCAGUUGCAUGGAUUACUCUAUGCCAGUUUAACUGUUGCAUCUUUGGCGGUUUUGUACGUGACUGGAUCGUGGGUGGCUACAUCUCAAAACCAGCUAUACAUCAGCAUCCUACUGCAUGGAUUAAAUAUACCAAGUGCAUUGAUAAAAACGGGUGCUCCAAAAAUCUACCACAUCUGAAUAAGGAGAUAGUGCCGAAUGAUAUAGACUGCUAUUUACUAGACAGCGAUUUUAAUAUUGAUCAAUACGUGAAAUGCUUACGCGAAUAUGGUAUUAAGUGUGAAGUUUGCUGUGAAAUCUGGCGUGGUUAUGUUUUACUCGUCGAUGAACAUUUGUCACCAUUUACAAUGGAUAUGAUAUUACCGGACGCUACAUUAAUAUCGCACAAAUACCGUAUUAUUGACAUGAAUGUUAAUAAUUUAUUUGUAGAGAAAGAUUACACAUGCGCACUAGGACUACGCAGUAAUUUGGCACAUAAAGAAAUAGAUAAUUUAUGUGUAUUGGAAACAAUUGUUAAAAAUAUGAAAAACAAACGUUUUGUCGUAUUACGGGAAUUUUAUGUGAAAGAUCGCAUAGAGAAAAUGGUCAAGCGUGGCUGGACAGAGAUAAAAUAA